AUGAGUGACGAAUUGGGAGAGGCAAAUGAUGAAUAUGCUGCAGAAGUGAGGGAGUUGCUUAAGGAACUAGGUCUACCAGAGCAUCUAUGCACCAGAAAGGCGUUUGAACAAGUUAAGCGAUCAUUGGCGGGCGAGUUUCACGAGGAUAAGUUUGAGCCAAAACCAGGUCAGGAGGGCACACAAACGAGUGAACCCGAAGAUAAAUACUCAUUAUAUCGCAGUUUACCAAUAUACAUGACCAGCUCGAACGCUACUCUCAAGAAGAAAUAA